GACAGGAUGCCACAGAUCAGUCAAAUUCAUUUCGCGUGCGGCCGUGGCUUUUGUUGUAUAAAUUAUGAAUUUAUUGUUUUUUUCAUUUCUUAGUUAUAAGAUUAAGUAAAAAAAUACAAAAAUGUCGACAAAGUGGACUAGAAAUCACAGUGAAUCUGGUAUUUUACGCAAAAGUGAUGUUAAAGAGAAGAAAGAAGAACUGUUUGUGUUCGGCUACUCGUGCAAAUUGUUCAGGGACGAUGAGAAAGCUCUUCACAUUGACCAAGGAAAGCAUCUCAUUCCGUGGAUGGGGGAUGAUACGUUGAAAAUCGACAGAUAUGACGCGCGCGGGGCACUCCACGACCUGUCCCGGCUGGAGGCUCCGCCGGGCGGCUUCGACUGGCGCGUGGAGCUCACCAGGAACGAGCUGGACGUGGAGCAGCUCUGUGACGAGGAGCGGUACCGGGCCAUGCACACUGACGAGGAUGAAGAGGAAAUGUACAAAGAGGAAGAACUGAAGAGGCUCCAUGCAGCCGGCUACGGCCAGGUCGGCUUCAACUAUGAUGCACCAGCAGAGCCGCAGCCCACUACACCUACCACUGAGAAUGAUGUGCCCUUUGUUGCUCCGCCAAGUCUGGUUGCCCUUCUCCCAGAAAAUAUUGUUUUGCCUGACGGUGAGAAACUCAACGCAAUCAUCGAGAAGACGGCCAAGUUCAUCGCCACCCAGGGUGCUCAGAUGGAGAUCCUGUUGCGAGCGAAGCAGGCCGACAACUCGCAGUUCCAGUUCCUCAGCAAGGAGUCUCCGCUGCAUGCAUACUAUAUGGCUCUGACCGCUCUGGUGAAGAGUGGCAAGUGGCCAGAGAGGGUGCAUGAGGAAGCUGUGGAAGAGAAACAUCCAGAAAACGAGGAAUAUCUUCAUCCAAGCCUGGGCUCCACUAUGGCGAUUGAAUCUGCCCCCUCAAUCCCGUCCAUCCCAUACCGCCCCUCGGCCGACUGCGACUACUCUCUCCUGAUCUCUCGCAUGCGCGACCGCAGCGACGGCUUCGACCCCGCGUCCGGGGAGCUGCCGCCGCCCGGGACGGAGCCCACCGCGCUGCCUACUGGCGCUGCUGAGGGCAGUGUGAAUGCUGCUGCGCAAGACCAAGCCACGCAAGCAUACUACCAGCAAUACAUGGCAUACUACUACCCGGGGUCGGUAGCGAUACCGCCCCCCGCCCCCGCCGUGGCCCCAGCCUUGGCCCCAACAGUUGCACCAACAGUACCCUCAGUACCCCCGCCAGUGGCCCCAACGUUGGCCCCAACCGUGGCACCGAUCAAGUCGUCGGCUUUGUCACUUAUGAAUAAUUACAAUACGGAUUCGGAGAGUGAUGAUGAAGAUAUAGACGACACCUCAUCAACAGACAGCAAAGCCAAGGAGCCUCCAAUAAAGACGCCUCCAGACGACAUACAACUAGUCAUCGACAAAAUGGCGGCAUACGUAGCGAGAAAUGGCGACGAGUUCGCGGAGAUCGUGCGAGCGAAAAACGACCCUCGGUUCAUGUUCUUAGAGCCCAGUAACGAGUACCACGCCUGGUAUUUAAGGCUGAUGAGGCAGAAGCGAGGAGUCGAGAAUGGAGGAAAGGACAAGAAGAAAGAAAGUAAAAAUAAAAGUAUUGCACCAGUAUCAUUCUCCAUCAAGAAACUGAAAGAGCCAGACCCGGUGCUUCCGAAGCCAGCCCUGCCUUACGAGUCCAGCUCUGAUGAGGAGUCCGAGCCCAAGCCAGCCGAGACCAAGCCAGAGACCGCCCCGGACAACGGGCUGCCCGCACCGACCAACACUAAAGUGCCUCAACCCUCCUCAGUACCCCCCGCUGUAGUCUACAAAAUAGACCAAGCCAACCCCAUAGUUAUUAACAAUACUGAUAAAUCUACAGACAAUAAAAUGACAAUAGAAAAAGCAGAUCCUAAAGAUGUAACGAAUGUGGAAGUGAAAACCGUCACUGAAAAGCCAGCACCGACAAAAGUUGAACAAAAAGAAAGGGUGAAAGCGAAAUCACAAUCUCCAGAAGUUAAAGAAGAUAGGGUCAAAUACGAUAAAAAGGAGAAGAAAUAUAAAGAGAGGCGUGAACACAGGUCCAUGUCCCGGAGCAGAGACGAGCGGAGUCCGGAGAAAGAGAGGCGGCGACAGAGGGAGAAGGAGAGAGUGAAGAGGAAACGGAAAUACAGCCGGGAUGAGCUGGAAAGUGAGAUAAUUUCGCUGGAGGAGAAUAACGAUGAGUUUAUAGAUCUGACUGAAGACCUUUCUGAUGCUAAAGAAGUGGACACGGAGGCGGACAAAGCCAAACAAGCGGAGCGGCGGCGGCGCGCGGCCGAGUUCCUGCGGCGCGCCGGAGUGGACCCCGCCGCCGCCGCGCUGCCCGCCAGCUCGCUCGCCAGCGCCAUGGUGGACACACUCGAAUCGAUCCGUAAGAAAAAAGCAGAAGAGGAAGAGAAGAGGAGAAAGAGAGAAAAGAAAAGACAUAGAUCCAAUCACAAUGGCGAUCGCGAGGAAAGAUCACACAAGAAGCGACGGCGGCGGAAAUACGAAGACGAAGACGACGACACCGACCGAGAGAGCUCAAAGAAGAAGAAACGAAAGAAGGACAAGAAAUCCACAUCCAAAAGCAAAAAGAAGAAGCGCAAAGAAGCAGAAACCGAACCAGAAGAAGAAGAAGAAGACUACCCUCUAGCUUCGGACAUCGACCUGACAACCACUUUGAAAGGACUUAGGACUUCAUCUCCAACCAGAAACUUAAUAGUAGCAGAAGAGACAAACGACAGUGCGCCGUCGAAAAACCAGUCUUCUGAGUCAGAGGAUGAGGACGAGAUUCGGGUGGCGAAGAAGAGGAAGAAGAAAGAGAGGGAGUAUAGCGAGGGGGAGUGGUCGAGCGAUAGUGAGGAGGACUCCACGACGGGGGAGGAGGACAGCGGAUAGAUAAGUACAGAAACAUGGCAAUACGUGAGUCAGCAUUUAUUUUCUAAGUUAGAUACAUUCAAAGAAAUAAUUAUGGAAUAGUAAUACUAGUUAGCAGAGCAGAGAUAAAUAGUUCAUUAUGUGAUAUCAACCUUAUCACAACGAAUUACAGCUCAUAAUUCAAUACGCCAAUACCGUUCUAUAACACCAUUAAAUAAGUCUGAAAUUAUAUUGUUAUUUAUUGUGAAUACCUUUAUUGUAGUAAUUUUGAUGUUUUGUGUUAGGAAAUGACAUAUUACAUAGAGGUAUUUCAGUAGCAGAUUCUCAAUAUAUUUUAAUCGAUUUUUGUACCGAAUACAGAGAUACCUAUUUAAAGUUAAAUGUAGUUGUGGGAUAAGGAAAGCACGUAAGACAUUUAAUUGAUGUAUAAUAAUUACAUUAUGUACAAGAUAAUAUUUAUAGCUCAUCUUAAAUGUGUGAACUUGAGAAAGAUAUUUGUGAAUAAAUGUUUUGUAUGACUGAGCCAGCAGCAUGAAUGUAAAUAGUUAAUUUAAUUUUAAAAUAAAUUUAAUUUAAUUACUUUUAAA